UCUGCGUGCUUGUGUUGUGUUGCCACGCCCGACGGCAUUGCUACCGUCUGCGCUUGUUUUCGGCCAUGCCUGUCCGAUGCGUCAGCACGGCGUUGAAGUUAUGCGCCAGGAGCUCUAAGGUGCUCUUCCAGGGAAAGCGCUCGCUUCGAGAGCAUGGACGAUUGUCACCAGCGUCGUCGCUGCUGUCGCAAGCGCCAGCGACGAUGCAGGGCCGGACCUUCAGCGGCAGCGCAUCUGGGCCGGGAGAGGCAGCAGCUGCGGUGGACAUGGCCAAGCAGGGGGGGGAUUUCCCCUGGCGUGGCGCCCCAAAUCUGAUCCCCGAGCCGGCAGGCAGCGGUUCGUUCCUCGACGGCAUCAUGGAGUCGAUUUUCGAGGACUUUUGCUUGAAGGGCGUGGACUUUACGGCUGGUGCGGAGGCGGCAUUCGUGACGACGGCUGCGGCGUUAUUUAAGAUGCGCACGUUACAAGUGCGAGCACCCAAGCCAUCGGUAGAAACAGCAGCAGCAGGGGUAGACGGGGCGUCAAAGGGCGAUGCUGAGGAGGACCCAGCAUCAGACGCAGCGGAAAAGGACGAGGCGGAGGCGGAGAAGUCGGCAGAGACAAGCGAGGAAGAGGCUGAACGAGUUCUGGCCGCCGUCGACAAAGGGCUCAUCGCGCUCUCCAGCGACAAGGGGGGGGUGCCGUACUACCGCUUGCAUCGGGUCGUCGCCAAAGCCAUCAGGAGGAAGAAGUUCAUCUUGGGCGUACAGCGCGGGGACGACCUAUCGGGGAGGUUCACGGUGACCAUGUCGCCGUCUUUGGAGUUCGUGCUGCAGGAGAAUAACGCCUUCGCUCAGAUCAGGAACGUUCUUGCUGGGAACGCCACCGUCACGUUUCAGGUGGACGUGGACCUGGCGUGCGACGAAACGUUCUACGUGAAGGAUAAGGGAACUGGAGAGAUCAUUCAGGGAAAGAAGGAAAGCUCCGGCCGCAUACACCGCAUCCGGUUAGAGAGCUGCCUUCUGAUGGAGCACGCCAUCGAGCAACCGCAUAUUUGGAAGGUGAUCGACCUCGAUGAUUGGCUCAAGGGCAACGCCUUCUGCUGAGGAAGAUGUUUCCAUGACAAUGAGCCUGCCUUGGCGUCCAACCGCCACCGAGGUCGCCCAGUUCUAUCAAGACACUCGGGGGGCGGGGUGGUGGGUUGGGCUAGGUUACACUCGAAAGGAGGGGCGGCGUUUCAUGCGUCAAGGCUGAUGUUCUCCUGGUCAUGACGGACGAUUUAAAUUCCGACGAAUUUGUUAUUGCUUCGUUCUGGCGGUGCGCCUCCUACGGUGUGUGAAAAUCCUACUGUUACCCUUGUAUCGCGGAGCGAGGUUGGGGAGGGGGGGCCUGCCACUCUCUCGUUUUUUUCUUCUUCGCAACUUGGGCUCGGGUUGUGUAAAAGCUGGCUUGCUACUUUUUGCGUCAAAUGGUCCCACGUGGUUACUCCGGUUUGGAUUACAAAUGAAAUAGUCAAGAGGGUCCAACAACCAGUGUUGAGCUUGUUGAAGGAGGUAGGUCAGCACAAAGCUUGGGGAGGGUUUGGAAGACGGGUUAGACUGAGUUGGUCAGGUCCACCCCACCUUCCAACUGGAUAGUCGCGGAGGAUCGCCCCGAAAAUCCUAGGGAGUGCAUGCUACACGCUUCGACCCUGCCGUGAGGCGUCAAGAGAGCAGCGAAACGUCGUGGGUGUGACGGGAUUGAAGAGCCCCACCUCUCCUAAAUGUCUAAGCACGCCAUGUCACUAUCAAGUCGUGCCUCUCUUCACAGCCGCUGGAGCAUGAAUGCGUGCGCAAACACGGGUUGGGAGCGACCGCUUGGUGGAUAGUUUCAUGAGUGUGUGAUGACAGACGGUGUCGUCUGUACCCCACGCACGACCGGUGGGACC